UCUAGAUUGACUACUUUCUCGUCACAAGCCAUGCAGUUUGCUGAUCUCUACUCCUAUAGCUGUUUCAAUCUCAUCUACUAUCCCCUCUGCUACAUGUUCCGCGCGCCACCAAUGCUCAUGCCACACGAAUCCACUGUUCCACAUGAAGAGACUGCCCUGGAAUCAUUCAAAGAUCUCGAAGACUCGCCGUGUGGUUUGAGAAGACGUACUACUACGGAAGCUGAAAUGGUCGAACACAUAAAGGCUCUGCGACUGAGCAAAAUGAUGGAUGCAGUCGAGAGCUACAAAACGGAAGAGAAUGGAGCGGAGGAGGACAAAGAAGAUGACGAAAAUACACCCUCUGGCAGUCUUCCUGGAAAAAGUUCUCGAGGUACUUCUUCACCGAACAGGCCUUCAGAUGUCUUCACUUUUGGGAAAGCCAUCUAA